UGGUUAUUUCGCUUGCCGUCAUGUGUUUGUGUGAUGUGAGUGUUUUUGUCCAUGUGUGAAUUCAAUUAAUGGAGCGCCGAAAGAAAGCCGUCAUGAGAAAGCGAACGCGCGGCGAGAGCACAGCGUCCGUGCCGCAGUUCACUAACUCUCCCACUAUGAUAGUGAUGGUUGGUCUUCCUGCCCGUGGAAAGACCUACAUCUCCAAAAAACUCACUCGCUACCUCAACUGGAUCGGAGUUCCUACUAAAGUGUUUAACGUUGGACAGUACCGUAGAGAUGCUGUACAAACUUACAAGAAUUACGAAUUCUUCCGCCCAGACAACAAAGAUGCAAUGAAGAUUCGCAAAGCAUGUGCUUUGGCGGCAUUGAAAGACGUGUGUUGUUACUUCACUCAGGAUCAUGGACAGGUGGCGGUGUUUGACGCGACCAACACAACGAGAGAUCGUAGAGAAUUGAUUCUCAGUUUUGCUAAAGACAACGGCUAUAAAGUCUUUUUUGUUGAGUCACUUUGCGAUGACCCAGAAAUCAUUGCAGAAAACAUCACGCAAGUCAAGUUGAGCAGUCCUGAUUACAUUAACUGUGAUAAAGAAGAGGCCGUCGCUGAUUUCCUCAAGAGAAUCGACUGCUACAAAAUUACAUACGUUCCCUUAGAUGAUGAGAAAGACAGGCACCUGUCGUACAUAAAGAUCUUUAACGUGGGCAGCAGGUAUCUGGUGAAUCAGGUGCAGGAUCAUAUUCAGAGCAGAAUCGUGUACUAUCUGAUGAACAUCCACGUCACUCCUCGCACAAUCUACCUCUGCCGUCAUGGAGAGAGUGAACUCAACCUUGUUGGGCGUAUCGGAGGAGAUUCAGGCCUCUCGACACAAGGAAUAAAGUUUGCAGCAGCUCUGGGCUCGUACAUCAGAGGUCAGUGUAUCCCAGACCUGAAGAUCUGGACCAGCCACAUGAGAAGAACCAUCCAGACAGCAGAAGCCAUCGGUGUGCCAUAUGAACAGUGGAAAGCCCUCAAUGAGAUUGAUGCUGGCGUUUGUGAGGAGUUGACAUACGAGGAGAUACAGGAUCACUUUCAGGAGGAAUUUGCGCUUCGAGACCAGGAUAAAUAUCGCUACCGCUAUCCAAAGGGUGAAUCAUAUGAGGAUCUGGUGCAGCGUUUAGAGCCUGUGAUCAUGGAGCUGGAGCGGCAGGAGAAUGUUCUGGUCAUCUGUCAUCAGGCCGUCAUGCGCUGUCUGCUUGCGUACUUCCUGGACAAAAGUGCAGAUGAGUUGCCGUAUCUGAAGUGUCCUCUACAUACAGUGCUGAAACUCACUCCUGUUGCCUACGGUUGUAAGGUUGAGUCCAUCUUCCUGAACGUUGAAGCAGUGAAUACUCACAGAGAAAGACCUACGAAUGUGGAUGUGGACCGAGACCCAGAAGACGCUUUACUGACUGUACCAGAACACAACUAGAUGACAAGUGCAAUUCUCCAUAUUUUUAUUUGUAGGACCUGGUAUUGCAAAAACCCAUAAUUCCUGAGGGAAGGUGUGGUGAAUUAGCCUGCUGGGUGUUGGCCUCAAAACAAACUUCAUGAUGACCGAACGACUCUGCUUUUUUCCAAAAAUACACUACAUUUUUAAAAUGUUUUAUGAAUUUAAGAUAAAUAUGAAAGUCAAAGAAUUCUGAUCUUUUUAAUGUUCAUCUGUAUCAGUGUUGCACAGAGAGGAAAUGUAAAACAGAUCCCUGCUGGAGUCAGGCAUAUAAACUCUGCACACAACACCAGACUG